AUGGUGCUGCAUGAAGAAGACUCGGAUGAGCUGCUCUCUCGCCUCUUUCAACGCUGCAAUGGAUACGUCAGCCAACCGCCAGGAGCACGGCCUCAAUCUAUCAAGAGUCGACGACUAGGGGCCGAAGGCCCAACUCUCGCUGUGACCAACCUCCAUGAUUUGGCUCGUGAAUUGGCAGCAACGGAGCGAGCUCUCCACCCUCACAGCGAAGAAGCAGCAGAGUGUGCUAUCCCAUCAGCUACGAGCAACCAAAAGGGGCAGAGCCCGACAUGGGACGAGCUGGAAGAGAUCGUUCGCGAGCUGCAUGAACUGUACCAACGCGGUGACGAAGUGAUACUCUCGCUUCGGGAGCAAAAGUACGCCGAGUUACUUACCAAAGCUGCAGUGAGGACCUUAACGCACGCUUGCUUGAGUGGUGACCGUGGAGAUCUGGACGCUUCGGGUGUGAGAGUGAAGCUUCUGGAGCUGGCGGUGCGGCCGACCGAGCAGUGGCGCUGUCUAGCGUUUACAUUGUUCUUGAACGCAAGCAUCGCCUCAGUUGCAGCGAUAUUGUCGUCGUUGGAAGACUCGUCGAUUGCUCGAGCUCAGCACCUCGAUGUUAAUUUGUUCAAGCUGCUCCGAGAGAUGCUGGGCAAGGCUGUCGUGGUGUCAACGACGACUCUAGGGGACGAACUGUUAUCCAGCCUUCGAGGUAGGCGUCGUGGUCUCGAUUGGGUCGAACAAGCGGUCGGGUGUCUGGAGUUUUUCGUCAAGAAGGCGAACGGGAGCUACUCCUCGGACCGACUGAGGGCGUUAGAUGAACACACGCUUCUCUUCUUGGUGGCUGAGGCUAGCAACCGAAGUCGCAUAGAUUCUGAGCUUCAGCAGAAGGCGAUUGAGCUCGUUGUCGCGACGAUGUACGCGUUCAAAGUCGUCCCGGCCGGGAAAUCGGUCGGUCCAGAGUGGCAACAACCGAGCAAGGACCACACGGUUUGGAAUUGUGGCCUGCCAGUCGCUGCGGUGGAGCAAUACGUGAGUCUCGAGUUGCUGCUGUAUCAUUUCUACAACGCUCCGAUCGCUCGCUUGCAGCGCUUGGCUUGCAUGGUUCUUGUGGACUUAGUGUGCGAGCAGCUCCGACGCACUGGCAGCCGGGAAGGCAUCAGCACGGCAGGUCUCGAUCAGAUAUGGCGCACGUUUGUGGAGUGGGAAGACCCGUCCACUGGCAUACGGCAGGCUUUACUCUCGCCAUAUAUUUCGAGCGCUCGGGUUGUGAAGCAACUGGUCCCGAGCUGCUCGUUGGUGCCGGAGAAGCAGCUCAAUGCGUUCGUGAACCAGUUCCGCUUGCUCACUCAGAUCGACGCGUACUUCGGCGUGAAUCCAAGCAUGGACAAGGCUAUCAAAGUGGCCAAGAGCCAUAGUAACGGCAGUAUCUCGGAAGAAGUGCUCGAGCAAGUGUCCAAGCAGCUGCUCUCGAAUCGCGCCGUGGAACGCUAUCGUGGUGAGCGCUGGCUGGCGGAGCUUCUAACGUACGGACAGGACGACGACGUCUUCACGUCGUAUGACAGCAAGGCAACCACGACUAUAGGGUCCGUCCGCAAGCACCCUGAAGCAGUUCUAGUCCGCCCAAAGCCUGAAGCUGCUGCUCAAAGUCCCCCUGCUGGAGAAGAGCUUGAAGAGACGUUCUGUUAUGACGAAGGGGGAGAGAUCGGCCUAGCAGCUCAAGCGAAAUUCUGGGAGUUAGCGUCGCGGACAAACCCUCCCGCACUCCGUGAAUCCUUUGCAAGGGUGUUGACACUGUUUGUUAGACGAAAGCUGCAACUCAGCUCGGGUAAAGCAGAGGUGACGACGAUCGAAGAGAUCAACACGUGUUUGCGCGUGCUUCUCGAUCAUCAAGAGAGCGAACCAGCAGUGUUGAUACCCGUGAUGCUACUCAUCCUUGAUAUUUGCCAAUGCGAGUUGUCAUACAUCGACAAGCGAUGGCAGCAGAGGGACUUCUCCUCGUCUUCUAUUUCUAGCGAUAACCAGCACGAAGACACCUACAAGCGGGUGGCGUGGUCGGACUCGUUGGCGUCGAGGGUGCUGAAUGGGGACGUGGCACUGGACAAAUCUCUGCUGCGGCAGAUUGACACGGAGUUCUUGUUGCACGUACUGAGAGUACUCCACGAGAGCUCCAACAGCCACCAGUCUAUUGAAUGUCGUCGGGUCUGCUGUGGAGUGGAGAGGUCUCUGGUCGGGGACGUUGCAGCGUGCACGGCGCUCAUUCUCACCGAUGCUCUGUCGGAUAACAACACCGCACUCGCCAAGCUCGGGGGCCUGACAGCUUUGACUCCGUUCCUGCAAGCUUGCGACACCCGUAUCGCUGUGUUCAUGGCCAAGCUCAUCGGCCAGUUGGUGAAACAGGCCGACGAAACUCAAUACUCCGCAUUCCUCCGCGAGCUCUACGUCGCCUGCGUCGAGGCCGACGACGAGAACGCGCUGUACAACUCGUACCUGCACACGCAGACAUUGCUGCACGACAUCGACGCGCGUUACAACGUUGAAGACGAAAUGUAG